CAGUCUCUCAUACUUAUCUUUUAUUUUGCAUUGCGUUCUGUCACAAUUGACUUCUAUAGUACGUUUGUUGUUUUGUAACCAAAGAGAACGACUGCAGAAAGACAAAUAAACACUGAAACUUUACCAGGUCUCGAGCCAAUCUGAAAAGAAGAAAGACAGAUUCUAUCAAAAUAAUCAAUACAAUUAUGAUGUGAAUAGGAACGAGAAGAUAUGAAUAGAAAUCACCAUUUUGUUUCUAAUUUAAAAGAACACAUUACGAUUGACGCGGAUACAGUUUAGGCCUUUGUACUUUAAGGCUGUACACAAAUAUAUUUAACAGGUUGCUAUUGAAAAUACAGUUUAGUGAUCAUCCCUCCCAGAGAACAGGUAGCAGUUUGGUAAAGUUAUACUUUUGUACGUUUCAACUUAAGCAGGAAUUAAAUUGUCAUCAUUAGAGAAUCAAGAAUGAACUUUGGACACUUUCCAGCGAUUGUAGCUCUGCUUUUUCUUGUAGCUGUAUCAAAUAUUUCAAGCUUAACUGGUCCAGCAGACGAAACGACACCUGCAGCAACCUCUACAGCAGAGGAUGCUUCAACCACUACAGUACCACCUGCAACAACCUCUACAGCAGCGGAUGCAUCAACCACUACAGUACCACCUUCAACAAGCUCUACAGCAGCGGAUGCAUCAACCACUACAGUACCACCUGCAACAACCUCUACAGCAGCGGAUGCAUCAACCACUACAGUACCACCUUCAACAAGCUCUACAGCAGCGGAUGCAUCAACCACUACAGUACCACCUGCAACAACCUCUACAGCAGCGGAUGCAUCAACCACUACAGUGCCACCUGAAACAACCUCUACUUCAGCGUCUGGGGUGACCUCAAGCACACUAGGUUCCAAUGCCAACAGCACAAUUGAAACGACUACACAUUCCGGGACAGUCAACAUCCAUAUAGGAUUUCUGUGCAUUCUGCCAAUGUUGUUGAUCUCCAUGGCGACAUUGUUUUGAUGGCGAUGAUAGUAUAAUAAAUUGAGUGAUGCAGAUUGUUUUUUUAGCUUUUUUUUUUGCAUAAGAAAAAAAAUGUUUUUAGGUUUUGCAUAGAUGACGUACUUGACAUUGAUAAACUCUGGUGGAAUUGUCUUGGAUUGAUUCAUCUGAUGGAACAAACUAUUUAAGAAUGUUCUAGUGUCUUCAUUUCAUUAGGAAAUAUCAAAACUCUAAAAUUCCUAUAACCCAGUAAGAAGCUCAAGUUUGAGAAGACUCUUCAGUUUUGAGAUUUAACAUUUAAAAAGAUAAAAUAACAAAAACUUCAGGGGGUCAUAGAGAGUUAGAAGUGCAAGUGUCAACAUUUACAAAGAAACGUAACACGGUAACAGAUUUUCUUUCUUACAGACACACUAGCUCUAACAUCACUGAACACAUUGGGAACUAAUUGAAGAAUUAUGUUGUUGUUUUUUUAAUCAAAUAAAAUUAGAGAAUAUGACACUUUAAAGCUAGUCAAUAAAGCUACAUUGAUGCAAUUAAGUCAAUGUGUCUACAUUGAUAAGAGAUUAUGAUGCGAUAAAUUGACUCAAUUUUCCUACAUUUAUAAGAGAAUGUAAUAUAAUGAAGAGAUUAAAUAUAGAUACUUUGUCUUGAAGUCAGUCCCAUUGUUAAAUGACAUGUCAAGCGAAUAUUUGAUUAUUUACGUCUUUUUUUUUAUUAUACAUAUGUUAGACGUUUAACCGUAAACAUCUAGGGCCUACUAUUGAUAUUGAAAUAUGCCAACGUCUAGGGCCUACUAUUGAUAUUGAAAUAUACCAACGUCUAGGGCCUAUUAUUGAUACAUUUACCAACGUUCAGGGCCUACCAUUGAUAAAUUUGCCAACAUUUAGGGCCUACUAUUGAUAUUGAAAUACGCUAAUGUGCAGGGCCUACUAUUGAUAUUAAAAUAUACAGUGUCCUUCAGUGUGAUCACUCAUCUUCUAGUUUGCUAAGUAUAUAAAGCAUAUCUGUGAUACCAUACAUCUAAUCAUAACAUUUGAUACAUAUGACGUGGCAUACAUAAAAUAUACUCAUAUUUAUCUAUGCUAUAUCUAUGUAUGCUACUAACUUAACGUUAUGUUUAUACAUUUUUGUAAUGUUUUUUUUUUGUAAAUAAAAUUUAUAUAUCAAAUAUUA